GCUGCUAGGUCAGCCGAGACUUCACGUCUUCACUUCACUUCAGUCUUCACGUCUUUAGAACGGACAGGCGCAUGUUCAGUGGCCAGUGGCAGUGCUGCUUGCUUCGGCAGAGUUUGAAACCACUCAAGUCGAUUCUGAGUUCGUCCUGUUCGCAGCGAGAGGUAGAUACUGCUGAACAACUUCCUCCCUGGCCGUCGAGUGUCCAUGCUGGUGUGUUUCUCAACUAAAGCAUCGGUUGUUGGUCCGAAAACGAUAUCGUUGGCCCCUUGGCCAACCCAUUUAUUGUUUUAGUGUUGAGCUGACGAGAAGGGAUUCGCUAGUGAAUGACCGCUUUCUGACCUUGUGGGAAUUUAUUGAAAGGAGCCCUCGCUCAGCUGGCUGAAGAUGGCAUCGUCUGCUACGUUAUUUGCCCUAGUCAUUCUCUCGCUAUGCAUGAGAAGCGUGUUUGGCCAGCCGGACUGCUCCUCUGCUCUAACCUGUGAUGAGUGUGUUCAGCGGCACCUUACGUGUGGCUGGUGUACUACUUUGAAUCAAGUCGGAGGGACCAGGUGCUUGCCUGUUGUGGAGCAUGGCGUAGCAAGUAUCUGUAACAUGUCAUUUAUUGUUAGCCCAGAAAGCCAAGUGCGGCUUAGCCAACCUUCUAGUACUCCUACUCCAGCUACCGGUAUUUCACAAGUGGACUUAAGAACCGACAGAGUCCAGAACAUUUCUAUCGAUCUUCGACCAGGUGCUGCCGUUACGUUUGAUGUCCAGAUCCGAAGACAGAACAACUUUCCCGUCGAUAUCUACUAUUUGCUGGAUACCACCUCAACAUUUAGCAGAAAUCGUGUUAAUCUGCUCGCUAACGGAGCGAAUAUCUUUGCAAGGAUUGGAGAUCUUACGCCAGAACGCCGCAUUGGUCUGGGCACAUUCACAGACAAGCCAGUGUCUCCCUAUUUCGAUGUUACAACAGCUGGUGUAUUGCAUCAAGUUAUCAACGCUGCAAUUAGCCGGUGCGGUCUUCUUGAAGAUGGUCAGACUAAUUGUGAUCCUAACCCAAAUUCUUUUGUUCAUGAGCUCGACGUUACCAACGAUGUUGCUGCGUUUUCAAGUGCCAUCAAUCGCACCUUGCUGGCCAACAAGUAUGUAUCUGAUGUCAGGAAAGGAAUGCUGGAUGCGUUGCUGCAAUCGUCAGUCUGCCUGCAGGAUAUCGGGUGGUCACGAUUCCAGCUGGGCGAAUCUAUCCGCCUAGUCAUUGUCGCGACUAAUGGACGUUUCCAUUCACAAGGAGAUGGCGUGUUUGGUGGGGUGCUUCGCAGAAGUGAUGGCAAGUGCCACUUGGACUCUAAUGGUCAUUACACCGAAACGUUAACUGCGGACUAUCCUUCACUCGGACAAGUGAAAAGUGCACUGGAUGAGGCAGACAUAAAUGUUUUCUUUGCCAUUGCCGAACCAGCCGGAGUUGACCCUAUUGUGGAAUACCAGACCGUUGCAGAGGAUUGGGGUGGACGCGCUCAGACAGCCAGACUCACUAGUAAUGAUACAGAGUUUGUGUCACUCGUAUUCCGUGCAACGCAGGAUUUAUCUGAGCGUGCCUUUCUGCAGCUCGCCGGCGAUGGCUUGGAGGGUAUACAGAUGUCAGCAACAGCAAUGUGUCCAUCAGGAAGCCCAGUGAACCCAGGCGAUGCAGUUGAACGUUGCAAUGGACUGGAAAUAACAAAGGAGGCAACGUUCAGAGUUACUAUAAGCGCUCAGGAAUGUGCACGGUUGUCACAGACUCGCAACCUGCAGUUGUUUGUGAGUCCGGCGUAUGGGCGUAUCAGUAUCGACAUAAAUGCAUUGUGCUCUUGCAAUUGCACUUCAGCAUCCAUGAAGAAUUCGUCCGAGUGCUCUGGUCGAGGUGACCUGACCUGUGGAAAAUGCGAAUGUCCCGACGAAUUUCCAGGAGCGAAUUGCAGCUGCAAUGCUGAUCAAGUCGACCUUUCGGGAAGAAUGGACAUUGACUGCAGGCCAAGUAACGCACAACCAGGUGAGCCAACCUGCAACGGCCAGGGUAUUUGCGGUGUGACUGAUAGCUGCCAAGUUGGCUGCAUCUCCUGUGUACCAGGCUACCAUGGCCGGUACUGCCAAUGUAGCGACUCACUCUGCAAUCUUUCCGGAAAUGGACUACCUUGUGGAGGUAACGCACAGGGCCGGUGCAUGUGCGAUUCUGAGACCUGUGGUGAUUGCAAGUGCCUCUGUUUCCCGCCAUACGACAUGGAUGCUGUCUGUAACCUUUGCCCAACGUCCAUGGAGACAUGUCGUGCCAACCAGAGAAGUGCCGUCUGCUCCAAUAACGGUAAUUGCGUGUGCGGCGCUUGCCAGUGUACUGGAGGAUGGACAGGACAAACGUGUUCAGCAUGUUCAGCUGGCGCUAGUUGCCUCUCUGAGGUGUGUUCGAAUGCCCAGCCCUGUAUCAAUGCCCCAAUGGAAUGUCUAGGUAGAUCAAACUGUACAUUAUGCCCUGGUGCAAGCACCGUGUCUGCAACUAACUCAGAAAAUUGCAACAACCACUUCUGCCCGGCGAAUAUCACCACAUUGGAAACAUCUCCAGGAGCGACCCACACCUUCUAUGAUCCGAAAAAUUCACCAACGUUUCAGACUGAGGGCAGCCAGUGCACAUCUACCGUUGGCAACUGUCGUAUCACAUUCUUCACUGCGUCUACGCAGAACCAGCUUGUCGGAAUUGCGGUUGUCAGGACGAAUGAAGAACAGGACUGUGACACGCAGUUUAACACGUUAGGUGUUGUGCUGGGUAUUGUGUUCGGCCUUCUUGGACUUGCCAUCAUUAUCUUGAUCGUCUGGAAGAUUGUCACCUUUGUCCUGGAUCGGCGUGAGUACCGUCACUUCCUGGAGGCCCAAAAGAACGCCAAGUGGGAGAAGGAAAGCAACCCUCUCUUCAAGAGUCCAACACAAACAUUUGUCAACCCUGACUACAAGGGACAGCCAGGUUCCUCCUAAGCGCUGGAAAUGCUGCAUGACCAAAGAUAGAUCUGGCUUGGCAAGCCAUGCGUGCAGCAGCGCAUGCAGUCUACCGACACCAGAUACUGCAGGAAUAGCAGUGCAUGCCAUGCUUGCAACGUAUACAGCAAUAGAACCAAGCCAGCCAGGUGUUGCUGAUGUCAUAGCUACUCAUGGUGCACUUGUGCUGUCACACAUCAUGACCAUGACCAUGUAGCUGCUGUUAUGCCGUCCUAUUUCUCACACAUGCCGCUGCACACUUUUUUUUAAACGCUCAUGAAUGAUGCACGUCAAACGUACCUGUGAACGCAUGCUAUUGGUGCCGCCAUGGUGACAUUGUCCUCUGCGGACGUCACUUGCUGGUCACAUGGUGAGGCACCUCGCAUAUUCAUUUCUUUUCCGUAUGUCAUGAGCCCCAGUUGCAUGGCCAUGGCUCUCUCCACCACCACUGUUCUGAACCCACCUUAUGCAUAUCAUGUAUGCCUCCAUACACCAGCUUUAGUAGGACACUGUACUCUUGGAUUUCUCCUAGGUGCUAGAUUGGAUUAUUGAGUAGUAGCUGUUCUAGUUAGUGUCAUCGAUCACUGAUCACGAUGGCAUAGCGUUUGGCACUUCAAAGAGCCCAUCUUCAUGUUUUCAGGUGCCCACUUUUGUAGCUACAUGUAUCUAACCAUAUUCAGAAUUUCUUGGCUCAGCAUCACUGCUGUUUUUAAUGCAUUCCUAUUACAUGUUCAGACCUUUCAUUCAUGUCGCUGACCUCAUUACGAUUUUAAGCGAAAAUUUGCGCCAUGCAUAUGUGGAA